AUGUUUUGUUCAAUCAGUGGAGAAACGCCGAAAGAACCGGUUGUUUCACGUGUUAGCGGAAGCAUUUAUGAACGACGCUUAAUAGAACAAGCAAUUAAUGAAACUUCCAAGGACCCUGUCACUCAGCAGGAGUGUUCGCUCGAUGACUUGGUUCCUGUAAAAGUACCCGACUUUAUCAAGCCUCGUCCUCCUUCUGCGACUUCUUUGCCAGCCUUACUUUCUUUGUUCCAAGAAGAAUGGGAUGCUUUGGCACUAGAGCAGUUCGAUUUACGGAAAAAACUGAGUGAAACAAAGCAAGAACUUUCGACAUCCCUUUAUUCACUAGAUGCUGCUUUUCGAGUAAUAUCACGGUUGACCAAGGAACGCGAUGAAGCAAGAGAAGCUUUGGCCAAGUUUUCCGAUAACGUCUCUUCUAUGUCUCAGCCUGAAAAUCUUGAUGUAGAAAUGAAGGACGGCAGCCAAGACACCAAAGCAAGCCUAAAAUCUACAGUAGAUGAAACUCUUAAGCAACUUUCCACAAAAAGAAAGCAAACAAAAUUACAACCUACUUGGGCAACUCCGGAGGUUCUUGAAAAACUUGCACAUAGUUCACCGCUUCCUGUUUUACCUUCUGCUGAAAAGGAUGUUAAAACUCUCUUAAUUCCACGACCUGGAGGUACAGGCGUCUCUCUUUGCUUGGUUGAUAGUCGCGUUUCUCUAGUUGAUUGUUCUUCCAGCAAGCCCUUAAAAUCCUUUGAUUCAUCUAUAACCGCAUGCUGCUGGUUGGAUAUUUCUAAAAUUGCUCUUAUGAACUCUGAUACGAAGAUGAUUGAAGUUUAUGAUGUUCCUUCAGAAGUUGAAUCAGUUUCUGAACCUUCAUUUUCAAUUCCUGUUGAAAAUGAGAACGUAAUGUUUUUAUCUGCUCAUUCAAGUGGAGAGUACAUUGUUGCAGCUACGGACGCAACUUGUACUUUAUAUUCUAUGAAAGAAAGUGUCUAUUCUCUCAAUAUAUCGGCUAAGAUUACUGCACUUUCUUUUCACCCCGAUGGACAUAUCUUUGCUGUUGGUUUAGAAAACGGUGAAAUUCAAUUCUUCGAGACAGCUAGUGGUGUUGUAGCUGCAAAAUUCGGUCCUCAAGAUGGUUCAAUUGAGUCGCUGCAAUUCGGUGAAAAUGGGUACUGGCUGGCUGCAGUUGCUUCAAAUGAAAAGGGAACCUCCAUUUGGCAUUUGGGAAAAUCCAAAUUAGCUCACAUGGUACCAACGGAUGCCAGCACUACUGCAGCUGCGUUAGACAUAACAUGUCAACUUUUGGCAUCUUCUGAUGAUAAGUAUUUGUACAUUCAUUCAUUUGUUAAAGCCUCCAAGUCUUGGAACCUGGUGGGCAAGGUCGAAGCUUCUUUGGUUUCAAAUUUAGCUUGGAUAGAAGAUCCACACAAACUGGUCUACUCUACAAAUCAAGGUUCUGUUUGUCUUUUGGAAAGUAUUAAUUAA